AUGGGAUUGGGUGGUCAUGGAAACCCUGACUCGCCGCCUCUACGACCAUCACCACCACGUCGCUUAUCAGAGACGAGUGCCGCUACCACUCUGGCUUUCUUCAAGCAGCAGAGCCCUCCAGAGCCUCGUCAGACCACUCUCCCACAAGCUUCACAACCGCCUGUGCCUCCACCAAUUCAUAUGCACCAACAACAUCAUCCUCAACCAUCUCAACUCCAACAUCAACUCCAACAGCAACAGCAGCAACAGCAGCAGCAGCAACAUCAACAUCAACAGCAGCAACAGCAACAACAACAACAUCAACAUCAACACCAUCUUUCACAUCAACAACAACAGCAGCAGCAUCAUCAUCAACAACACCAUCCACUCCAUCACCCUCAUCCUGCACACCCUAUUGUCGCCCAUGACCAUAUAAACGGCGUGGGUUCAAUUCGACGUAAACAAAAAUAUACCAUCAAGAAUGUCGAGGCAUGGGGCGAGCGUCACGGCCGUCCCGCAGCCCAUGAUCCUUCCGGCCGUGCUUUGUGGAAAAGGCCAUCCGACAGCAGUCUAGUAUAUCUGACCUGUCCAAUCCAGGGCUGCGCCAAAUCAGACUUUGUCACGCUGCACGGCUUCAUGUGCCAUCUGACCAAGAAACACAAAGACCGUACGCUCGGCAGCCAGUCUCGUGCGCUCGAGCUCUGCGGCAUCGUCUAUGACCCAAACGCUCCCCUUCCCCCAGUGUCAUCUACCCAACGCAGCUCAAGAGAAGAGAGCCCGUUAGACCAAAUGACCAUGGAAGGUGACGACUCACACCUCGAGUCUGAAUCCGAGGAGAGCGACGAACGCGACGAGCCAUACCCCGUGAAAAGGGAGACCAUUGAACGAUCCCUGCCCGAUGCAGAUGAACCUUCACUUGAUACACCUCCAUUCCCCAGACCCUCCAUGAACAUGAAUGGUUCUACCAAACACUCUAUAUCCUCUCUCAUCGACCGCACUCCCGAACUCGACCACAGAGAAAUCCUGGCUUCUUUGCCUUCUUCCGACCCUGCCAUGACGACUCAGGUAGCUACACCUGUGUCCAUGGAGCAGUCAGUGGUACCUGCGAAACGUAAAUAUGAAUAUACACCCCCUUCAGAAAAGGAGAACACAGAACCCGAGGGCUCUGUCGAGUAA